GGCGAGGCACCCGCGGCGACGGGCCCGUGUCAGGAGCUCUGCGAGUUUGCCUCGCGCGGGGACCUGGACGGGUGCCGGCUGCUCCUCCGGGGCGGCCGCGUGGAGGACCUGAACUGGAGGAGACCCAGCGAUGGCAAUUCGGCCCUCCACCUGGCCGCCGAGGAGGGCCACGAGACGGUGGUGCGGCUGCUGGUCGCGGCCGGGGCCAGCCCCGAGACCAAGAACGCCUUCGGGCUGAAGCCGAUCGCCCUGGUCGCGCCCGACACCGAGGUGUACAAGAUGUUGGACGUCCUCACAGCUCCGAUGGAAGCUGUCCGAAGGGCGGCAGUGAGGAAGUGA